CGUGGCAUAACACAAUUAGCCAUAUCAAACAAACAACCUUGUCAUUCCAUUCCCAACACCAAACCAACCUAACCAUUAUUGUCUAUCCUCAACAAUCCUCUCUGUAAAACAAACAAAACCUUUUCACUUCAAUUUUAUCCAUUCAACAUUAACAUCCUCUUCACGAUUUCUCAGUUAACUUCUCUUCCUUUUCUCUUAUUUAUUACAUCCACCUACAAAGCAAUUUUAAUUUAUUAUAUCUUUAUUUUAACUUUUCAUGAGAAGAAGUAAAGAGAAUAAUAAUAAUAAUACUAAUAAUAAUAAUAAUCAACAUUAACAUUAAUAUUAACAAUGACAGGUUCAUCAAGACAAGGACGCAUAUUCUUAGAUGAAGGAAGCAUUCAUGGUGGAAGAUAUGGAAAAUUAAAAAAGAACGACGAAUUUGACGGUUACAACUCCGACAACCACCCAAGAAAAAACAGUCCUGUCAUCACCACCACUGACGCACCACAUUUAGAUCCUCAAAUGGCAUUGGACAAUUCACCAUACGACGCAUCUCUCUCACCAUUAUCAAAAUCACCAUGGUCUUCUCACCUCAAUGAAGACACUUCAUCCGCCGAAGAUGCUCUUGUUGGUUCAUUGGUUCGCGAAGAAGGUCACAUUUACUCGCUCGCAGCUACAAAGGAUUUAUUAUACACCGGUUCAGAUAGUAAAAACAUUCGUGUUUGGAAGCAUCAAAAGGAAUUUGCGGGGUUUAAAUCAAACAGCGGUUUAGUGAAAGCCAUUGUGAUCGCCGGUGAGAAAAUUCUUACUGGACAUCAAGACGGGAGAAUUCGCGUCUGGAGAGUGUCCAGUAAGAAUGAACAAGUUCAUAAAAGAGUUGCCACUUUACCAACUUUAAGAAAUUAUAUCAAAUGUUCAAUAAAACCGAGCAACUAUGUUGAAGUUAGACGAAAUCGUAAUGUGUUAUGGAUUAAACAUUGCGAUGCAAUUUCGUGUUUGAGCUUAACAGAAGAUCUUACUUUAAUUUACUCAGCUUCAUGGGAUAAAACAUUUAAAGUUUGGCGUGCUUCGAAUUACAAAUGUUUAGAAUCAGUAACAGCGCAUGAUGACGCCGUUAACGCGCUUGUGGCUGGGUUUGAUGGUUUGGUUUUUACCGGUUCAGCUGAUGGAACAGUUAAGAUUUGGCGGCGUGAAAUGCAAGGGAAAGGAACAAAGCAUUUUUUUUCACAAACAUUGUUGAAACAAGAAUGUGCUGUAACGGCUUUAGCAUUAAACGGGGAAGGGACAUUUUUAUACGCAGGUUCUUCAGAUGGAUUGGUUAAUUAUUGGGUGCGGGCAACGAAUUUGGAACACGCCGGAAUUUUGAGAGGUCAUAAAUUGGCGGUUUUGUGUUUAACGACAGCUGGAAGUUUGAUAUUUAGUGGUUCUGCUGACAUGUCAAUUUGUGUGUGGAAAAGAACGAUGAGUAAUGAACAUAUUUGUACGACGGUGUUGAGUGGACAUACCGGACCAGUGAAGUGUCUCGCCGCCGAGAAAGAUCCCGAUGCGAUGUUGAAUGAGAAAAAGUGGAUAUUGUAUAGUGGAAGUUUGGAUAAAUCUGUUAAGGUUUGGAAGGUUACAGAGAGUGGGGCCCCUGGACAACAUAAUCACCAACCACCACCGCGCCUUAGUGUUUCCGGACCACCACCACGAGUUAGUGUUACCGGAGCACCACAGCGACAUAGUGUUAGUAGCAAUAAUGACUUUCCUAGAGUUUCGUCGAUAAGGAAAAUGGGAUCACGAAGAUACUAGGGUUUGUGGUUUGUGUUUAUGAAUCAUGAUGUUGCAUUUUUUCUUUUGUCAUUAAUGUUUAUAUUGCUAACAUCAACUUUCUUCUCUUGAUUGUAAAUGUAUGAAUCAUGACUUUCUUCAAAUGGUUUUACUGUUACUAUUGGUGAUGACAGAA